AUGGCUGUCACCAACGCUGGGAAUCCACUGAAAGAUGUGAUAACUUCUGAUUUCAAGCUUGAUGCGCGUUAUUUGCAAUUUCGAGAUUUAGUCGGUGUAGUCGACAAAUUAGUGAAGUCGAAGGUAGAGACCUUUCCUAAAGAAUUGAAAGAAAGGCGUGACAUCAUAUACACGGAAUUGGAGAAGAUCCAAGAAGAAAAUCUCCAUCGGAAAGAGAUCACCAAAGAAGCUAUUGGGUUAGCAGAGGACUGUCGGAAAAUGGCGAAAUUAGUCAAGAAUGUCUUCUUGUGGUGUGAGGUGGAGGGAAACACGUUGAUGCAAAAGAACAAUUCUUUAAUUAAAGACCUUCUUGUUGUCGAAGACAAGAUCGCGGCGAAUCAAAUAGCACAGAACCCGGAAGACAAAGCUAAAGUGAUGCGGGAACUUGAAAUGAAGAAGUCUGGCCUUCGCGGGAGACUUAUUGAGAAGAAAUCAAAAGACGCUGAGAAGAGUAAAGACCACAGAAACACGGAGAACAACAACUCGAAACAUCAAAAGUUGAAUGGAUUAAGCAAAGAAGAAGUCACACAACUCGAGGACUGGACUCAGAUGCGAAUCGGGCAAGUCGUAUUUGAUGGGGAACAUGAGAACUGGUCGACUGGUACUUCUGUCUUUGACGCAAAGAUUUAUCAUAAGAGGAAUUUGGUAUUUGUUAUAGAAGAUGCCAACGGGAACAAGUUCGGAGGGUUUGUGAAGUCUGAAAUUGAUACCAUCGGGGGUGGUAUAGUCGACACAGGCUCUUUCUUAUUUUCAUUAGCUUCAAAUGGACGAUUUGACUGCAUGCAAAAGUUUCCAAUCAGUCAAGAAGGCGCGUCGCGAGCGUUUUGGGUGUGGCCAGCAAACAACUGGUGUUUGUUACAGUUUGGGUUCUGUGGGGAUGACAUUAGUAUAGCAAAAAAGAGUGAAGUCUUAGGGUCGAGUUGUACACAAAGUGCUUACAUUUACCCCGAGCCUCUUUCUCUCUGUGGAAAUUCGAAUUUUGAUACAACAAAUAUCACUGUUUAUCAAAUGAUGUGA